UUUACAGAUCGUACACUUUAAUCUCAAUUUGCUUCCUCCUCGUGUGAGUUUGGCUGAUCACUUGCAGCGACACUUCUUCCGCACUCUCUGAGAGACUCAUGGCUCGGCGGCCACGGAAUAGUUUAUACAGUAGUGAUGAGGAAGAAGAAGAGAUUGAAAUGUUUGAUCAUGAUUAUGAUGGCCCCCAACCAAAGUCUUGCAAACGCCAGUUAAGUAAAACUCGAUGGACCCGUGAGGAGGAUGAAAAGCUGAAGAAAUUAGUUGAACAACAUGGAACCGAAGACUGGAAAGUGAUUGCUAAUUUCCUUCCAAAUCGGACCGAUGUGCAGUGCCAACACCGCUGGCAAAAAGUUCUAAAUCCUGAACUUAUUAAAGGCCCUUGGACGAAAGAAGAGGAUCAAAGG